UUCCGUUUUCAGCUUCUCCUUCGCCGAUCAGUUUUACAUGUAAGCGCAGACGAUGUCGAACACAGCUGUUGAUUAAAUGGAGAUAAGUGUGAAGUAACUAAAAUAAUCUUAAUUUCUAAUGAUUCAAGUAUCUAUAUGCAUGUUAAACUGAUAUGCUGCCGUCUCCAGCCGCGUUUUACUUUCCUUGGGAGAUCAAUACAGACCUGGUAAAAGAUGGUGUGUCAGUGCGAACGUUUGGCAGAUUUACAAGUUACGUGCCAGAAGAGUCCAAAGCUGUUCUAAGUGGUCAGCAGUCCUCUGCACAGUGCCACGUGUCUGUAAAAACAACACUUGUUGAACCUUUCCAGCCCAUACUUGGAGCUCAGUAUUUUGUCCUGGGUGAAAUUGAAAAUACUGAUGGAUUAAGUGGAAAUAUACUGCAUGGUGCUUUGGCUUGUGUUGAUGGAGUAGACCUUGCACUAAUGCAACAAGUUGGGAAGGAUAAAAGGAUAUUUCAUCUUCAACACAAGAGAGGGGAGAGCAGAGGAGGACUGACAGCAGGAAGAGGAGGAAAGGAUGGACAACACAGGAUGAAAGGAGGAAAGGAGGAGGGAGAGGAAGGAGAGGGAGGAGAGGAAGGAGAAGGAGAAGAGGAGAACCGUGGUGGAUAA